CAACCGCAACACAAAACAUUGACAGAUAGCGCGAUAAUCGGGCGAAAGAAAACGUGCCGCAUGUUGUGGAAUUUUGCACCAUGGCUUCGGUAGCUGCUAAAAAGCGUAAAAGCGGAGUAGAUAUUAAAAUUGAAGAAAACUGGGAACCCGAUGUCACCGUACCGCCCAGGGAGCCAGACGGCGACGACAACGACGAUGAGCCGGAUAACGUUGCAGAAGGCUCUACCCAAACGAAGGAAGUUGUAGCAGCACUGUGCAAGCAACGGCUCAUACCGAGCGAUCUGGAACUGCAACUGCAACAGUACUUCAAGGAGCGUCCGCGUAUUAAGCCUCUCCCACUGUCACAAUCGUGUGUAGACAUCGAUCUAACCGAUCCGGAUGAAGAAACGUGGAUCAUUCAAUGCCCUGCCAGCGUUGACGUCAAAGCCGAACUGAUGAACAAGAAACUCAACCUGACCGCUCCGCGUUCCACCAUCAAAAACUGUUCCGUUCCGCUCGAGGCACACGUACAGUACAACAGGAACGAGCGGGUAGUGGGCCUGCAGUCUGGGACACGCGUUAAAUCCUUCGUACCAGUCGGGUUUGUGCGCAUCCAUGAAGCGCUGCCUCCGCUGGCCGAACCAGUGCUGCAAGACGCGAGUAAUGUCAGCGAUGUUACUGUACCCUAUCCGGAAGAGCUUCGCGAGCGGCAUCCUCUGCUCGGCUACGAUUUUAAAGAGUAUUUAGCAUUACCUAAACGCGUACGCAAGCGGCUCGCGUUAGCUCAGCAGAAGGCCGAACUAUUGUACAAAAACACGCCCCUAGUGGCCAGCAAGCAAUCUCCGCAAACAGCAGACAAUGCUCGGACAGCAGGUACUGGCGAACAGACUGUAUCGGUGAAACCGGUGCCAGCUGUCGGAACUCCCUCCAAGUCCAGGAAGCGAAAAGAGCCCCCGCCCGUGGAGGAAAAUGCUUUGGAAAUAAUACCAAUCAAACAAGAACCACCUUCACCGAAACGGAAGAAGCAACAGAACGACGAAGAGGUGCAAACAGUUAGCGUUAAGCAGGAGGUAACGAUGGAAGACGACAUUUCCUGGUUGCUCAACAUUUAGAGCUUUCAAUAAAUGGUACCUCAAACUGAUGUGGAACUGAUAA